AUCUUAGGUUAUUAACAAAAAGAGAAGGCAGAGAGCAAGGGAAGAAACAUGAAGGUAAAACCAAAAUUCAACGGAUUGUCUGUAUAAUAAUCUCAUCUUUGUGAUUAUCAAUAGUGAGGUUACUGAUUAUCUUAACUAUUAUGAAUUUGCUCUUUCUUUGUUGAAUUUUUUUAGGUUGCUGAAUUUGGAAAUUAUUUUAGUUUGACAGCUUUAAGGCAUUUAUUGUACCCCUAAUAGAGUAGUAGUUGCAACUUGCAAGUAUUAGAAACUGCCUGGGGCAGAUUUACCGUUUAUUAUUCGGGUUCAGCAGAACCCAAUAACUUUAACUCAAACUCAGUAUUUGUAUAAACUGAGUAAUUUAGCCUUGCGCGUUUGGUCAUGAAACCCAAAUAUUUUUCACUUUAUUUGGAAUUUUGAAGUUGGAGUUGUGUUUGGUUAUACUUUUUGCAAAGAAUAUUUGGUUGUUUGAAUGUACUGAAAGUGAAAAUAAAGUUUUAGUUGUUAUCCAAAUUCCAAAUACAACUUCAAUUUGGAAUUGGAAUUUUCAUGGCAAAAGCUGAUUUUCGAAUUAAGUGAAAAAAAAUUCCGAAAAAAGGUGAAAAAAUUCUCGUGUAUUUGGAAUAUCACACAUAUUUUAGGGGCUUACCUAGUGCAGUUUACAUCUCCUGUGUGAUUUACGGGGUUUAACUAGAGCGCACCCAAAGGGUAGGGGCUGUAGCUUCCUAGUUUACAAAAAAAAAUAGUAAAUUUAGAACCUAGUAAUUUCAAAGGCCAAGAAUCUAGAACCCAUAAACUUCAAAUCCUGAAUCCGCCUCCUAUUACAGAGUAUGAAACGUAUGUGCAAGAUGUGUGAUAAAAGUGCAAUCGAGUUUUCUGAGGAUAUCAUAAUGGAAAUAUUGCAUCGUUUGCCUUCAAAAGCUCUGGCAAGGUUUAGAUGUGUAUCCAAGUGUUGGCUUAAGUACAUUGCUGAUUGCCGUUAUCAACGAUGGAAACCUCAACCGGAUCUAAUUGGUUUCUUUUAUCAAGCUCCAGAGACCCAUAUAGGUUCACAAAUUCGUUUCUUUUACUCAUCAAAGGAAGUAAUUGAUGGUAGCUUGGACAACUCAGUAGACAAUCUUCUUGGCAUUGGCAAGAGAGUUAGUAUUGCCGCAUCAUCCAAUGGUUUUCUUCUAUGUGUAUCGAGGGUUUGUUAUAGUGUUUAUAAUCCUGCCACAAGGCAGUGUUUGGCGCUCCCUAAGACUCGAAUCUACAUGAAGGAUCACCCUGCUGUAGGAUUUAUUUGUAAGGUAGAUGACCCUGAUAUAGAUGUCAUCUCUUUUACUAUAGUUCGCUAUGAAAUACCUAUGUAUUGGGAUUCACAGUUCACUAUAGCAAUUGAAAUUUUCUCUUCAGAGACUAAUGUGUGGACUGCAAAUCAUAUAAGUCUUGAUGUACCACUUAGACUGUAUCAUUCUACCUAUAUGAAAUCGCCAUCAGCUAGUGUGAUCGAUGGAGUAUUUUGUUGGCUUGAUGAUGCACCACAGAUCACUUUUUAUGAUAGUGUGCACAAGCAUUUCUGGGCUUUGGAAUUGCCCGAAGAUAUGGUGACCGGAGGCAGUUGUUAUCUUGGAUUAUCAGGCAGGGCAUUGUAUUUUGCAUUGAGCGUUAGACUGGCAACCGUCACAGUGUGGUACCUCGCGAGCAAUAUUCGUAGUCGAGAUGCAGUAUGGGUUAAGAAGUAUGUUGCGAAUGUCGCCAAUACAGUUCUAAAGUGUCCAGACGCUUAUGGACUUGUAAGCUCUCCUCGUAUUGAGGUGCAGAACAUGGCUAUUCAUCCUGCUGUUCCGCGCAUAUUUUAUUUGGGUAUAAGAGGUAAGGUUAUCUCUUACGACUUUGAAACGGAUAAUGCAGAACUUGUGUAUGAUUUCGGAGAAUCUUAUGGGAAAACAUAUCGCUACAAAUUAUUUUCUUAUGAGUGGCAUCAAUGGCCACGUCUUUUGUAGACUAUCAAGUAAUGUUAUGCCAUAUUAGAGAUUUUCUGUUGAGUGGUGGAUCUUUGUAUGUAACAAUUUAUCUUAAAGUGCAGAUCUACUGUGCCAAUUCAUGAUCUGGUUUUCAAUUGUUUAAAUAUAUCUUCACAGUUUGAAUCAAUA